CGUCUGUAUAACCUUAUAUUUUUAAAACAUAAAUACAGUUAAAAAACAAUUAUUUUUAAAGUAAUGGAGUAUAUAAAUAUUAAACAAAUGUGUAGAAUAUGUUUAAACAUAAAGGAAGAACAUGAAAUGUUUUCAGUUUACAACAUUGCUGAAAAAAUUAUGAGUUUUACAACAAUAGAAAUAACUAAAAGUGAUGGCCUUCCAGGUUUCAUAUGUUUAAAAUGUUAUGAGGUAGCUAAUAUUGCUUAUACCUUUAAGCAGCAGUGUGAAAAGUCCGAGCAUUUGUUAAAAUCUGAUGAAACUAUCUUAGAAAAGGUUAAUGCAUUAAAACAACAAGAGGGGCGACUAAACGUCUUCAAAGUGAAGUUUCAAAAGCAGGAUAUUUUUAGUAUUAUACUACGUGAAAAUUUCAUAAAGCCCAUAAAAGUUUCAGCAUUAAAGAAGAAUACCUGUAAAGAUAUUCACUUAAAAAAAAAUAUCACUGUAAAUGAUUCUUUUGAGACAAGUCAUGAUAGUGAUCAGUAUAAUGGGGAAGAUAAUGAUGAAUUCAAGGACUUGACAUGUCGUUUUUGCAAUUUUAAAGCAAAUACUUGGAAAGUACGAUAUAAACAUGAAAUAACCCAUGGGAAAGGAAUUGACUGUUACCUAUGUGGAAAAGAAUUUACGUCGCUCAGAACAAUGACAAAUCAUUUACUUCAUCAUAAACGUAAAGGUGCCUUUCCCUGUUUAACUUGCGGCAAAAAGUUUACCCUCCAAGAAAAUUUAUCAAAACAUAUGAAAAGACAUUUAGGCAUUCGUCCGUACUCCUGCGCUAUUUGUAACAAGUCGUUUACAGAAAGGAGUGAACUGAGAAUACAUUUAGCAAGCCACAGCCAGGAAAAGCGAUUUCUAUGUAAUAUGUGCGGUAAUAAAUAUUCACGAAAGAGACUUUUAACAAUGCAUAUCGAGAAACACCAUCCCGAACCAGGAAAAGCUCUACUCCUUUGUACAUUAUGUGGGAAAGGCUAUAAAGAUUUACGAUUGCACAUGUUGUUUCAUAAAAACGAAAGGAAAUACGUGUGUAAAGUAUGUUCAAAAGCAUUUAACAGCAGAUCAAACUUGAAGACUCAUGAAAACAUUCACGCUGAGAAAAGGCCGUACACUUGUCACCUCUGCCCCAAAGGAUUCAAUCAGAAACAUGUUCUGCGAACACAUCUUAAAAAACACCAUCAGCAGUCUGACAAUUAACUUUUUUGUAAUUAUCUAAUUAAUUAGUGAAGUAUUAAUUUAUAGUGUUAAUUCAAACCAACUUUCACCUACAUCUUAAAUAAAUAAACACCAAAAACC